CACAUGCACAGAUGUGAAUAAAUGAACUUGCAUAGCAAAUUGGGACACGCUAUGCAUGUUGGUCAAGAUUAUGGAGAAGUGCAGAGUAAUCCAUCGCAUUUUCCGGCAACGGUUCUUUCGCCGUCAUUCCACUCUCCUCUCCACUUCAGGCAUUAACGGAGAACGUCAAUAUCAGAAGCAAGAAUUGCAGACAUGUGCUCUCUGGCCUUUUGUGGAAAGAAGCAUUGGUUUUCAGUAUAGAGGUUUUGGCACGGCAGCUACAAAAUUUAUUCAGAGAAAUCCGUCAUUUGCGACAUUGAAUUGUGAUGAUAUAGCUUAUUUUAAGGGGAUAUUGGGAGAGAAAAAUGUAAUUGAAGAUGAAGAUAGAUUGGAGUCGGCGAAUACCGAUUGGAUGCAUAAGUACAAAGGUUCCAGCAAGCUUCUUCUCCUACCUACGACUACUCAGGAGGUUUCGCAGAUUCUUAAAUAUUGCAAUUCCAGGCGCUUGGCUGUUGUUCCCCAAGGUGGAAAUACUGGUCUGGUUGGUGGAAGUGUUCCAGUUUUCGAUGAGGUGAUUAUCAAUUUGAGCUCAAUGAAUAACAUUGUAGCUUUUGACGAGGUUAGUGGUAUAUUGGUUUGUGAAGCCGGAUGCAUAUUGGAAAAUCUGAUAACUUUCCUGGAUAACAAAGGAUUUAUUAUGCCACUGGACUUAGGUGCAAAAGGAAGCUGCCAAAUUGGUGGAAAUGUUUCAACUAAUGCUGGUGGUUUGCGCCUAGUCCGUUAUGGUUCGCUACAUGGAACUGUACUUGGUAUUGAGGCUGUUCUAGCAAACGGCAAUGUGCUUGACAUGCUUGGCACAUUACGAAAAGAUAAUACGGGUUAUGACUUGAAGCACUUGUUUAUUGGAAGUGAAGGGUCCUUGGGAAUCAUAACUAAGUUGUCAAUACUUACUCCCCCAAAGCUAUCUUCAGUGAAUAUAGCUUUUCUUGCAUGCAAAGAUUAUCUCAGUUGCCAGAAACUUCUAUUAGAAGCAAAGAGAAAACUCGGAGAGAUUCUAUCUGCAUUUGAAUUUUUGGAUAGUGAGGCAAUGGGUUUGGUUCUAAACCAUUUAGAAGGUGUCCGGAAUCCAUUUCCUCCCAUGCACAACUUCUAUGUUCUGAUUGAGACAACAGGCAGCGAUGAAUCUUAUGACAAAGAGAAGCUUGAGGCAUUUCUACUUCAUUCGAUGGAAUCUGGUUUAAUUUCUGAUGGAGUUCUUGCACAAGACAUAAACCAAGCAUCCUCUUUUUGGCGUAUACGUGAGGGUAUACCAGAGGCAUUGAUGAGGGCUGGGCCUGUGUAUAAAUAUGACCUGUCAUUACCUGUUGAACAUAUGUACAAUCUUGUAGAGGAAACGCGAGAGAGAUUAGCUCAGAAGGCAAAAGUGGUGGGAUAUGGGCAUUUGGGAGAUGGCAAUUUGCAUCUCAACAUUUCUGCUCCACAAUAUGAUGAUUUGAUUUUAGCACAAAUCGAACCAUAUGUCUAUGAGUGGACAUCUAAACACCGUGGAAGUAUAAGCGCGGAGCAUGGAUUAGGACUUAUGAAGGCCAAUGAAAUCUUUUACAGCAAAUCACAUGAAACGGUGCAAGUGAUGGCUUCCAUCAAGAAGUUGCUGGACCCUAAAGGAAUACUUAACCCAUAUAAAGUUCUUCCACAGUCGCUCAGUUCUUACGAAUGAGGUAACGAGCUUGAUUGCUGAAUCCUUUCUCGCCUUCUGAAUUUCAUAUUUUUCCUUCCUGGGGAAUAAUCUCGAGGUAAUUCAGGGUUCAUAAUAUGUAUGGAAUAAGUUGACCUAUUAUCAACACGUGCAUCAUAGAAAGAGAAUGAUCUGCUGUCAAUAAUAGGUGACUGUUACAUGGUGGGGUAACUGAAGUCUGUAUGAUGAAUAUUGUUCUUAUUAUCUAUUGUAAAUAUAUAAUAAUACCCACUAAUAACGAAGGGAAUGAUACGCAAUAAUAUGUAUAGGUAUCAUAUUAUAUCCUGUUGACACUGCUAUGACUGAUUGAUAUAAAGUCUAAUUAAAGCUUUCAUAA